CUAAGUCUUUUCCGUCGGUUAGUUUGAUAUUUCGGUAACAUAAUGUAUCAAUCUCAGCAGUUUAAAGAGUUCAUCAAAGAAAGAUUAACUGCUGCUGCUGAAGAAAUCUUCUCAGAGUUUGAAAAAACUCUUAUUCGAUACGAGGAAACGGCCAGACUGCUGGAUGCCUACUGGAAACCACAUAUAAGCCUGCACAAAAUCGACUGCCCUCAGCAUAGUAUCUGUACAGAGGAGGAAGUCUCUGAUGAGGAGCCAUUCUGUAACCAGAAGAGUAACUUCAGCGAGGACCAGAAUGAACCAGAACUUCGGCAGAUUAAACAGGAGGAAUUCUGUAGGUUCCAGGAAGAAGAGGAACCAAAGGAAUGGACGAAUGGAUCGAUGCUGAAUACUAGUUUUGAAAAAGAUCUUCUACAGCAACAGGUCUAUGUGGAAAAAGGAACCACUACAGAGCUGCUAGAGAGUGACUCCAGUCAGGAUCAGGAGGAAUCGGAACCACAAAUCAAAGAGGAGCUGGAGAAUUUAUUCGGCACGCUGGAGGAAGAACAGGAGGAAUCAAACAGUUUCAUGCCAACUUCUAGCCAUGAGCAACUAGGAAACACUGACUUGAGACAAUACCCUGGUUUUCUUGAGAAUAGCAGCGUUAGUUAUCCAGAAACAAACGAUGACCUGAACCAGCCUCGCGCCUAUUCUGAUUGUCAGGAGGAAUUUUAUCCAGGAAGUAGGGAAUCAGAUCCAGAAGAUUGUAAGAAUACAGAACUGAAGCCAGAAGUAAAACAGUACAAAAUUGGGACAGACUUCACUCCAGUGUCAGAGGGGGGGUCUAAUGUUGAUGCACCCUGGAAGCCUUUUGAAUGUGGCAUUUGUGGGAAAACCUUUCAGGUUAAAUGGAAAUUGACCAGACAUGUGGCGACCCAUGCGGGUAAAACCCUGUUUUCAUGUGGCUUUUGUAAGAAAUUAUUCAAUCAAAACAGCCAACUGAUCCACCACAUGAGAAUCCACACAGAAACGCUCGGUCAACAUAGCAGCUUGCUUUCUCGUUCAGUGGGCAAGCCUUUCGUUUGUGGCACUUGCGGGAAACAUUUUACCAAAUCCUACAUCCUUAAAAGACACACAAGGGUCCACACAGGUGAGAAACCAUUUACCUGCAUGAUAUGUAGUCGAUGCUUCAGUCGAAAGGACCACAUGCUGGCUCACAUGAAAAUCCACUUAAGUGAGAAAGGUCCUGGGAGCAGCGACGUCCAGACAGAGUUUAACCCCACGGCGCCCCUGAGCAAACAGCCGGUGAUCGAAGGAGUCAGGAAGACCUUUUAUUGUGAAAAAUGUGCCAAAUAUUUCAGAGGUCAACGUAGCUUUUUGUGUCACAUGAAGAGUCACAGGAGCGGGGGGGCGUUUGUCUGUAAAACGUGCGGACAACAUUUCGUUAAUUCAUCCAAACUGAAAAGGCACGAACAAGUCCACACUGGCAUGAAGCCGUUCUCCUGCAGCUCGUGUAAGAAAUCGUUCAGCAGAAGUGAUCAUAUGUUGCGACACAUGAGAAUCUGUAAAUACAAUAAAAAAAAGCUUUAAGGGGUCAAAAAGAUGUAAAGUGCUUCCAUUUGAAGGGAGAAAUGGACCCGUCCACAUGAGAAUAUACACAGCUGAGACUCUCCUUUCUCAGCUGUGUAGAUUCUCUUCCAAAUAAGAUUUGUAAAAAACAGGCAAUCAUUUAUUGUUGGAUAUUAGAAAUUAGUAGUGUUAUCAGAUAGUUAUAGAAAAUCACACUGUAAAAAAUAGCUGUAGUUUAUUUAUAAUUUGAUCCAAGCAGCAUCAGAAAAAGGGGUUUUUAUCAGUAGUUAUUCAGUUAGGAUCUUUGACAGUUGAAAUGUUCUUUUUGUUAUUCUUUGUAAAUAUUUAGGGGGAUGUACUCUUGUUCUUUGUUUUUUUUUUUUAGGUUUUUAUUGCACUAGUGGAUGGUUUAUUGUAAAAUAGGUAGACAGGAAAGGGGGUAAUAGAGCGUGGAAGAGACAUGCUGCAUAGGACCAGUGACUACAUGUCGGCCACGUUAAGGACUAAGUCCUCCGUACAUGGGUUUCGCGUGCUAAACACUGCACCACCGAAGCACACACAUCUUUGUUUCCUAAGUUAAUAGUAAUCUGUUUAUCACCAAUCCACAAUAAAAUCUCCUUGGAGGAUGAAGCAUAGCAAAUCUCAUAAUGUCUGACAGAGCUGAGGCUCUAACCGGCAGCCCACUGGUUCCAAGAGGAAGCCCCACUGUCGGAUGUUAACCCCUAACCUGUUACCACUGUUCCUGUUACAUGGUGUUGUUCAUGUGCUGUUAGGACAAAUAAAAUGUUCACAAUGUAUUUUCAUUGAUCCGUCUUCUUCCGCUUAUCCGGGGUCGGGUAGCGGGGUAACUGCUUCAGUAGGGAGGCCCAGACGUCCCUAGUCACUUGGGCCUGCUCAUCACCACACAACAUCGUCUGUGAAUUAGAGUGUCCAAGACAUGCGGCUGCAGGUCGCAUGAAACAACAAAGUCGAUCAUUAAACUACGGCCGAGGGUGUCUUGGUGCCAAGAGCACAUAUGUACACCCUUAAGCUUGAGCAUGGUGUUCGUUAUAGACGAUCCAUUAAAAGCACAGAAGUCCAAAAUCAGAACACCAGUCAAAUUCAGGUCAGGUGGCCCAUUCCUCCCAACUACGCCUCCCCAGGUCUCACUGUCCUCGUCCACUUGAGUGUUGAAGUCCCCCAGAAGAACAAUGUUUUAUUUUUGACUAUUUUAGAUUUAAUGUUUUUUUAAAGACUAGUGGGAUUCUUUCAUUUCUAUUUCUAUUGUUUUAUAUAAAGAUUGUUAUUGAAAUUGUUUUAAAUAAAAUGGGAAAACAGGGUUUCCAUACAAGAAGAACAUAUUUUGUUUUUAUUGCAAAUUGUUCAAAUUUGUGUAAAAUCAAUGUGGUUUAUUGUUAAAAAAAAA